AUGGACACAAAUAGUUAGGGAUUCAAAUUUAACACUAUGAACAGCAGCUAAGGCAACCAAUAAAACAAUGAUUAUGAUGAAGAUAUUAUUGUGGAAGAAGAUACAAAACAUUAGUUGUACUAAUUUCGUGAAGAGCAUAGUGUAGAAAUCCGUCAAAGCAAACGUAAGCAAAUAUUGAAAAAAAAUCGUGUACUACCUGUAGAGCAUUAGCACAGUUUUAAUAAUCAAACUUUAGGAGAUUUCCCUGAUAUUAAUGCUAUUCAGGGAUAAACAAUUGAAGAAUUUUAAGCUUUUGUUAAAUAAUACUUACCUGUUAGCUUAGAGGCUGCUUCAGAAUCAUAGAGAUGCGAUAAUGUUAAAGUUUUAGUUUCUGCAAUAACAAGCAAUUGUUCUCCACAGUUCUUUAUAUUUGCAACAAGCGAGCUUUACAACUACUUUUAGGAUGAAAUUCCAAUUUUCAAUAUAUUUAUUGCUGAUAUUUAUCGCUUUAUCGAUAUAAUCAUUGCAUCUGAUUUUACUAAGAAGGCUAAGAUUAUCUUGAAUGAUUGGAGAACUGCUUUAGGUUUAGUUCCUGUAUAGAAUAAUUCUUAUUUUGUUCCUAUUUUAAGGAUAGACUAAAAUCUCGCUAGAAGAUAUUUAAUUGGUUGUUUAAAUAUUCUUUGUGGUAUUUCAAGAGGUGGUGACAAUCACUGCUCUAUAUUUGAAACUAAUGACCUUUUACAAACACUUUUUGAUAUAUUUGAUGCCACAAAAACAGAAAGAGACAUUACUGAAAUUAUGUUGUAUACAAUUGGUAACAUUGCAGCAACUAGAAAUUAAUGGCGUAUUUUUUUUAUGCAGCGCGACUUUCACAAUACUAUACUUAAUUAUUUGAAGUAUGCCCCUAAAAAUCAAGAAAAUAUCCUUUUACACCGUCGUAUUUGCUGGUGCCUGAGUAACUUUACUCGUGAUUAUGUUUCAGUACAGUAAAAUAAUGGGCAAUCUUAAAUUUUAGCUAACGGUUAAGUUGUUACAGAAAUAGUUGACAAUUCUUAAUUCGAUUUUUCACAUAUUAAGAAUUUGACUGACACAUUUAUUGAAUAUUAAGAUCCAGAAAUCAGGACAGACAUCUCUUGGACUUUUUAGCAGCUAGUGAUUAUUUUCUUCCCUAAGUUAAAUGGUAACAUAAUCAUGCCAGGAACUGCUGAUGACUAUAAAGCAAAUAACAAUAUUAGCCAGUAGCAAAAACAGUAUUACAAAUCAUAAGUAACAGAAAAAAUUGGAUUUUUAAUCUAGAAUGGAAUUUGCGAAUUUAUUAAUGAAGCCUUUAAAUCUUCUGAUAUGACGAUAUUAGUACCUAUACUAAGAAUUAUUAACAGAAUCAUGGCAGGAUCUGCUCCAGUCUUAGAACUUUUCUUUAAUAAAUGUAAUGACACUAUAGUUCAGUGUACUACUAAGCAUCUUUAAAAUUAGGUCUAACUAAUUAGGAAAGAAGUAGUUAAAACAUUGCAUUAUAUGUUUGCAUGUGAAUAUGAUGGUCAUAAGGAGAUAUGGUUUAACAGAUUUAUGCAAAUAGUUAUGGUCAGAUUCAACACAGAAGUGCUAAGCGUCAAAGAGGAGGUAUAUAAGUUGCUAAAUACCAUUAUUGAUAAAGUUAACCCAAACCACUUCGAAUUUUUAACUUUGAAUGGAGCAAACAGGUUCUGCAUUUUCAGAGUAAUGAGAAAUUCUUUGAGUUCAUAUGAAACAAAACCUGAAGUUGUCAUAACUAUUUUAAGCAUUUUGCUUAAAGUGUUAAGCUAUUAUAAGCUAGGAAACUCAAAUUUAGAAAAUCAAAAAAUAAAAAGAAUAAUAUAAAUUAUAGAUUAAAACAAUCUUCCUCAAUUUGUUGAAUAACUAUAGGAGCAUCAACAAAAAGGAAUCUAUGAUUUUGCAAUAUAAUUUAUAGAAUUAUAUAACAAGAUUUAAGAAAACAUUAUUGACGAAGAACAUAAAGAAAUCAGCUCAUAGCCCAUAAGGCAAGAUUAUAUUAGACAAAAUAAAUUUGAUAAUUAAAAUUUUGAGAAAUUACAUGAAGAAUAAAAGAUUUGA